CCAAGGCAUUUUAAACGUGUCUUGAUGCAAGUCUGCUUUAGUAUUUAUGUAUAUUAAGCUGUGUAUUUGAAGGGAACCAUCUGGGUAGAGAAAUAGAUGGCGAGUGGCAGAACCUUUCCCUCUCGGUUUCCAUUUCGGGGCUGGGCCUGAUCAGCGAAGGCAGAAGUUGGGAAAGUUGCUGCGUGGCUCGUUCUGGUUUGCAGGUGGUGCUUUCCCCACACCUGAUGUGAAUUUCUACCCUGGGAUGAGACAGCUGGAGCUGGGAUGGGGGAACAGGGAGCUGACAGGCCGUGCUGAGCAGAGAGUGUGUCAGCACGGGGAAGGAGAAUGCUCUUUUCUUUUCCUUUAAAUGGCCAUUUCUCUUAACCCUUUGUGGUCUGGCGCCUGUGGGGAUGGUGCCUCUGCCCUUGGGGGUGGGAAGAGGGGGCCUGAGGAAGGUGAACCCCCAAAAUGAAGGGCUGUGAGUGAGGACAGACCAGAGUUGGGGUAAAGACAUGAACAUCUCCCUAAAAAGAAUCACCUGUGUGCAAGGCUGGUUAUAAAUGGGGGGGUUGGAGCAGCUGCCUGCAGUUCUGAGAGGGAGAGGCACAGAGACAGAGCUGCUGCUGCUGCAAGUUUCUUGCUGGAGGUUUCUUUUGCAAUCUGUGCAAGGAAAAUAAGCCAAGGAGUCAUGUGGGCUGGCAAAGGCCUGGACACCUCGAUGCCAAGGAGCACUCAGCAAUCCGGGGGAGAACAGAGGAUGAUUUGAGGGACCUGCUCUUCAGGGAGCUCAUCAAAGGAGCAGCAAGGCAGAGUUAUGUCAUGCCCAGACCACCAAAGGGCUCCAUGAGGAUUUAUGGAAGAUGCCCCGUGUCUUGGCGCCUCUGGUGCUCCUUCUGCUGUGGCUGAUGAGGAUCUCUGCCAGCCCCCAUUCCCUGAGGAUUGCUGCCAUCCUGGAUGACCCCAUGGAGUGCAGCAGAGGGGAGAGGCUCUCCAUCACCCUGGCCAAGAACCGCAUCAACCGCGCGCCCGAGCGGGCGGGGAAGGCCAAGGUGGAGGUGGACAUCUUCGAGCUGCUGCGGGACAGCGAGUACGAGACAGCAGAAACCAUGUGCCAGAUUCUCCCCAAAGGAGUGGUUGGAGUCCUGGGACCUUCCUCAAGCCCAGCCUCAAGCUCUAUUAUCAGCAAUAUCUGUGGGGAGAAGGAGCUUGCACCUGAAGGGAGAGCCCAGUCCUGCAGACAAGGCCUUUUAAACCUGGAGAAGCUGCUCCGGCAGUUCCUCAUUUCCAAGGACACGCUCUCGGUGCGGAUGCUGGAUGACAGCCGGGAUCCCACCCCUCUCCUGAAGGAGAUCAGGGAUGACAAGACAGCCACAAUCAUUGUCCAUGCCAACGCUUCCAUGUCCCACACCAUCCUGCAGAAGGCAGCUGAGCUGGGGAUGGCGUCUGCCUAUUACACCUAUAUCUUCACUAAUCUGGAGUUCUCCCUCCAGCGCCUGGACAGCCUGUUGGAUGACAGAGUCAACAUCCUGGGAUUUUCCAUUUUCAACCAGUCUCAUGCCUUCUUCCAAGAGUUUGUCCAGAGCCUCAACCAGUCCUGGCAGGAGAACUGUGAUCACGCUCCAUUCACUGGGCCAGCACUCUCCUCUGCCCUGCUCUUUGACGCCGUGUACGCCGUGGUGACGGCCGUGCAGGAGCUCAACCGCAGCCAGGAGAUCGGGGUGAAGCCCCUGUCCUGCGGCUCUGCCCAGAUCUGGCAGCACGGCACCAGCCUCAUGAACUACCUGAGAAUGGUAGAAUUGGAAGGUCUCACCGGCCACAUCGAAUUCAACAGCAAAGGCCAACGGUCCAACUACGCCCUGAAAAUCCUGCAGCACAGCCGGGGUGGGUUCCGGCAGAUUGGCCACUGGCACGUGUCUGAGGGACUCAGCAUGGACAACAGGAUCUUCUCCUCCAACAUAUCGGACAGUCUGUUCAACACCACGCUCAUUGUCACCACCAUCCUGGAAAACCCUUACUUAAUGCUGAAGUGGAACCACCAGGAGCUGGAAGGCAACGACCGCUACGAGGGCUUCUGCGUGGACAUGCUGAAGGAGCUGGCAGAGAUCCUGCGCUUCAACUACAAGAUCCACCUCGUUGGGGACGGGGUUUACGGGGUCCCCGAGGCCAAUGGCACGUGGACAGGGAUGGUUGGCGAGCUCAUUGCCCGGAAGGCUGACUUGGCUGUGGCGGGGCUGACGAUCACGGCGGAGCGGGAGAAGGUGAUUGAUUUCUCCAAGCCCUUCAUGACUCUGGGAAUUAGCAUUCUCUACAGAGUUCAUAUGGGCCGCAAACCCGGCUACUUUUCCUUCCUGGACCCCUUUUCUCCCGGAGUGUGGCUCUUCAUGCUGCUCGCCUACCUGGCCGUGAGCUGCGUCCUCUUCCUGGUGGCUCGGUUGACACCCUAUGAGUGGUACAGCCCCCACCCCUGCUCCCAAGGCCGCUGCAAUCUCCUGGUGAACCAGUACUCUCUGGGCAACAGCCUGUGGUUUCCAGUGGGGGGGUUCAUGCAGCAAGGCUCCACCAUCGCCCCCCAGGCACUGUCCACCCGCUGCGUCAGUGGAGUCUGGUGGGCAUUCACCUUGAUCAUCAUCUCCUCCUACACGGCCAACCUGGCCGCCUUCCUCACGGUGCAGCGCAUGGACGUCCCCAUCGAGUCCGUGGAUGACCUGGCUGACCAGACCACCAUCGAGUACGGCACCAUCCACGGCGGCUCCAGCAUGACCUUCUUCCAAAACUCCCGCUACCAGACCUACCAGAGGAUGUGGAACUACAUGUACUCCAAGCAGCCCAGCGUCUUCGUGAAGAGCACGGAGGAGGGGAUCGCGCGCGUGCUGAACUCCAACUACGCCUUCCUGCUGGAGUCCACCAUGAACGAGUAUUACCGUCAGCGCAAUUGCAACCUCACGCAGGUCGGGGGCCUUCUGGACACCAAGGGCUACGGGAUUGGCAUGCCCGUCGGCUCUGUGUUCCGAGACGAGUUCGACCUGGCCAUCCUCCAGCUGCAGGAGAACAACCGCCUGGAAAUCCUCAAGCGCAAGUGGUGGGAAGGAGGGAAGUGCCCCAAAGAGGAGGACCACAGAGCCAAAGGCCUGGGGAUGGAGAAUAUUGGUGGAAUCUUCGUGGUGCUCAUCUGCGGCUUGAUCGUAGCAAUUUUUAUGGCAAUGCUGGAAUUUUUGUGGAGCCUUCGACACUCUGAGCAGUCAGAGGUGUCGGUGUGCCAAGAGAUGGUGACGGAGCUGCGCAACAUCAUCCUGUGCAAGGACAGUUUCCAGCCCCGCCGGAGGCGCGGGGGGCCGGUACGGACUCGCCCCGUUAUCCCGGAGGAGCGCCGAGCCCGCAGCACGACCACGCUCAGCAACGGGAAGCUGUGCAGCGGGGGGGAGCCAGACCCCCUGGCGCAAAGACUGGCACAAGAAGCCGCCCUGGUCGCCCGGGGGUGCACCCACAUCAGGGUGUGCCCCGAGUGCCGCCGCUUCCAGGGGCUGCGGGCGCGGCCGGCCGCGGGAUCGCCCGCGCGGAGCGAGGAGAGCCUGGAGUGGGACAAGACCACCAACAGCAGCGAGCCCGAGUAACGCCGGGGACCCGGGGGGGCGCAGGGGCGGGGGCGAGAGGGUCCUGUUCCAUUUUACAGAACACGGACUUGUACAAUGUCAACUCGUUUUUAAAACCACUAGCGGUCACCCGG